AUGCAUCUGGUUUCUAUGGGCCUUAUUCAUACAAUUGCCAGUGAAAAUACGACUACAAGCCAAGAUCGGGCUAAGGCUAUUAUUUUCAUCCGUCAUCAUUUGGACAUUCCUCUACAGUCUGAAUAUUUGACGGUGAAAGAUCCACUAGAUUUGUGGAAUGAAUUGAGGGAGAGAUUUGGGCACUUGAAAUACACUCUCCCCAAAGCCCGACAUGAUUGGCUUAACCUGCGGUUGCAGGAUUUUAAAACUGUUAUAGAGUAUAACUCUGCUAUCCAUCAGAUUACAUCUCAGUUGAAACUCUGCGGAGAAAAUAUUACUGAGAAUGAUAAAUUGGAGAAGACUCUCUCUACCUUUCAUUCUUCUAAUGUUGUGCUGCAACAGCAGUAUCGCGAGAAAAAUUUUCAAAAUCCGUUCCCUGAAGCGAACGUGACAUUUUCUGAACGAGGCCGAGGACGUGGUCGCGGUCCCGAAAAGGCUAAACAGGGAAAGAGGCAAAUCGGCAUUUGUAAUCGGUGUGGCAUUGAAGGCCAUUGGGCCAAUACCUGCAGAACAACCAAACACCUAACCGAUCUUUAUCAAGCCUCACUGCAGAAAAAGGGGAAGGAGGUCGAGACUAAUCACGUUGAUAAUGAUGACGACCCCGGUGAUGAUCUUUUGGAUUACGACACAACGCAUCUUGAUAUAGCGGAUUUUGUCGUAGAUCAAGCAAACCCCAGUUAA